AUGGAACCGUUAGAUUGCAAAUUCCAAGAUAUCUGUACCUCUAUUCAAUCACCAGAAGAAGAAAAAUCUUCAUUGGAAUCAUUUAAAACUCUUUCAAUAAAAGAUGUAGAAAUUUCUAAAGUUAGAAAUAGCACAGUUCCCAAUCCAAUGACCACCACACCAACCACAGUAGUAUCAUCUAAUCAUCGAUCCCAACAAAAAACUAAAUCAAAUCAUGGUCAUUCUGAAAAAAAUACCCUUUCCAAAAAAAGUAAAAAGAAAUUAAAGAAUCUUUUCUUAUCAUUUUUAAUAUGUUAUACUGAUAAUAAUAUAUAUGAUGAUUGUGAUAGUGAUUCAGAAAAUCAAUAUUCCAUUUAUCAAUCAAAUAAUAAUAAAAAUACAAGUACUAAUAAUGGUCCAGUCGAUGAACCCAAUCGUAGAGGUGUAAUAAAUGAUCAAAUUAUUAUAGUCCCAAAUUCAAAUCAAAAUAAUAAUAGUAGUAAUAAUAAACAUUCAAAAAACUCAAAGAGUAAACAACAACCACUAGUCAAUGUAAUAGAUCAACUUCCAAAAAUCGAAUAUCUUUUAUCCCCUCAAAGCGAAGAGUUCAAAGGGAAAAAGACGAUUGUCAUUGAUCUCGAUGAAACAUUGGUACACUCCUAUUUCAAACCUACCUCCGAGCCCGAUAUUAUACUGCCUAUAGAAAUGGAUAAUGGAGUGGUGACUUUCUAUAUCAAUAAGAGACCGUACGUCCAAGAACUCUUUGAUUUUCUUCACGGUAAAUUUGAAAUUGUCAUUUUCACUGCAUCCAUCUCACGCUAUGCCGACAAGGUACUCGAUUUGAUCGAUCCAAACAAAGUGAUAUCGUCUCGUUUGUUCAGAGAAAGUUGCUACCACCACAAAGGCAACUACAUCAAAGAUCUCUCGCGACUCGGACGUGAUCUACGAAACACAAUCAUCGUCGACAACUCGCCACACGCCUACUUCCUCCACCCAGAGAAUGCAAUUCCCAUCACCUCGUGGUUCUGUGAUAAAACCGAUCACCAACUACUGGAUUUGAUUUCACUCCUCGAGAAGCUGAUGCAUUGCACCGACGUAAGAAAUAUUUUAGAUGGUAACACUACUGGUUGGUUUGCCAAACAUUAA